CGGCGUUCUAUUUCCGCCGACUGAGAGCAGGCUGCGCGUUUCGCUUUUAUUUUUACUGCGGUACCGCGAGGUUCCGGACCGAAAUCAUAACUAAAGUGAAGACAUAUAUCGAUCGAUAUUUGCAUUGAUUCAAUUGGUGAUUUUUGUUUCGUAUUGGCGUUACGAUGGAGGCGGAUAUUUGGGGUCAGAUGGCCCUCGAGGCCAACCAGAUGUAUUUGACGGAUGGAACGGCGGCCCGAUCUCCCUUCGCCGGAACUACCAUCGAGAAGCUUCCCGAUAAAGUUCUGCUGAACAUCUUCUGCUACCUGUCGCACCGCGAGAUCUGCCGAUUGGCGACCAUCUGCAAGAAGUGGCGUUUGAUCGCGUACGACACUCGCUUGUGGAAGAACGUCUCGCUGCGGCCGGAAAUCUCCGGACUGCACGUGGGCAGUCUCGAAUCCCUUCUGGCCCUCAUCUCCAUCCGUUUCGGUCCCAGUUUGCGGUACAUCGAAUUACCGAUCGAGCUGAUCACGCACACCGUUCUCCACGAACUCGCCAACAAAUGCCCCAAUCUGACGCACAUGCUCUUGGACUUCUCCACAGCUAUGCAGCUGCACGAUUUCAGCGAGCUGCAGGCGUUCCCCACGAAGCUGCGUUACCUGUGCAUCUGCCUGUCGGAGGUCAUCUUCAUGGAGGGUUUCAUGCGCAAGAUCUACAACUUUAUCAACGGACUGGAAAUCUUGCAUCUUUUGGGAACGUACGAGAAGGUCGAGGAGGAGGAGGAAGAGAUUUACGAGGUGAUCAACGUGCACAAACUGAAAUCGGCGACGCCCAAUUUGAGAGUAAUCAAUCUGUACGGCAUCAACUUUGUCGACGACAGCCACAUCGACGCGUUCAGCUCGAACUGCAUCCAGCUCGAAUGUCUGGCAGUUAAUUACUGCUCGAAGGUGACCGGAUCUACGAUGAAGACGCUCUUCCAGAGAAGUCGUCGCCUCAAAUGUCUCCUGAUGAAUGGGACGAGUCUGCAGAGCGAACAUCUGAUGCAGAUCGAAUGGGAAAAGUGUUCGCUGCAGGAGUUCGACAUCACCGCGACGGAUCUGUCGACCGAUUGCCUCGUCGACAUGCUGACCCGUCAUCCGGGUUUGCGAUUCCUGAGCGCCGGCCAACUGAACGGCUUCAACGAUCACGUGCUGAAGACGUGGAUGGAGCAGGGCAACGCCAAGAAUCUGGUCGCCUUGGACCUGGACAGCUCCGACAAUCUGACGGACGACGCCCUCUACAAGUUCCUCUCGAAGCACGGCAGUCAGCUGUGGGGUCUCGGCCUCUCCGGCAUGUCGCACAUCACCGACUCUCUCUGGCAAUCCAUCCUUCCCAUCCUAAAGAACGCCAAGAUCCUGGUGAUGGGCACGCAGGAGCGGCUAGGCGUCAACAUCCUGGUGGAUCAGCUGAUGGAGACGAUCGCCAACAAUUGCCCGAUCCUGGAGCGCCUCGAGCUGCGCUGGGAUCCGGAAAACCUUCGUUUCUCCGACAAGAGUCAGAAAGCCAUCGACACUCUGCGCGUCAAGUGUCUCAAACUCAAAUCGCUGGUCCUCAGCGACGGACGUUAUUACGAGGUGGUCAAGGCGAACUUCGAGCGCGCCGACCGAAUGACCGUCGUACGGACAUUGACGAACUGUCGCGUCUCCAACUAUUACCUCCUCUCGAACUACAAAGAUCUUGUCUUCAAUUGAGUCUUCCAACUUUCUUCACUUGUCACAAACAACUGCAACAACAAACUCUGGGGAGUGGGGGUGAGGUUGUCGAUAAAUUAAAGAGCCGACUAGAUUUAACUCAAAAUAUAAUUUAUUAUUCCGAUACAUUUUCAAUAAAUAAAGUCCCACAACUUUUUCUCCUUU